GAUGACGUAACGUUCCUGCGACCGCGUCUCACAACAAACAUGUCAGCUGUGAGAGCGAAGCGCUCAAAGGUUUGGGUUAACUUCAUAAAAGUGACUGAAAAAUCUGCUCAAUGCACCAUUUGUCAGAAAGUAGUUGCUGCCAAGGGGGAAACACGAGCAACCUUAUGACGCACUUGGAGUGUGCUCACGGGAUAAAGCUAAAAGACCGCCCCGUGUUUGACUGUUUACAUGGAGCGGCUAAUGCUAACGCCACAGCUUCAACGACUCCUUCCAGCUCUUGUGACCAUGCUUUGACAACGAGUCACGUGGACGUGGCCGUGAAGAUGGGACCGGCCUGGCGGUGUCGGGACGAAGGCCGCAGCCCGGCUGACGUGAUGUUUACGGUGGACGCCAUGGUGCCGGAUAAUGAUGGCAGCGAAGAGGAACAGAAGCUGAUACAGACACUCGGGGGCGACGGUGUCCUGUUGGAGAGAGCGGAUGACAACACGAGCGAACCCUGCGUCCUGAUGCUGAGCUGCGGCCUCGCCGGGGUCGCCGCCAUCGGCCGCCUGACGAUAAUCAGCGAGGCGCGGACCAUGGAGGUAUACCUGCCCACGGGGGAAUACUGCGGCACUGUUCGGGGCCAGAAGCAAGACCACGUCCAGGAUGGCGACAGAGGACCUUUCUACAGGAAGCAGCUGGACCUCGACGACACGCCGUCGUCAUGUGACGUGAAGCUGUUCUCUCUGGCGGGUCGUAGCAGCGUGCUGCUCUGCGGCGUGGUGGUGGCCCUCCGGCCUCUGCGGCCCAGCCCGCGCCGAGACGCCGGCGCCAUCGACCUGCAGCAGGUCCAGAGUCUGGUGAACGGAAUGGGUGGCGACCUCUCGCCGGGGGCUCAGAACCUCAUGGACAUGCUGCACUUCCAGCAGAAGAACCAAAGCAGCUUUCUGCCGCUCCUGAUGGGCGGGGGACUCUUGUCCUCUUUGGCCACCCCACCGUGUGUCGGGACCAUACAGGGUCCAGCGGACUCGCCAGGGCCCGCCCCUCCAGCGCCCGAUGACCGGCUGGCCCAGAUGACGCGCCGCUUCCUGUCGGGCGGCCGGGACAACGGUGCGGGCGCCGUCUCACCCGACUUGCUGCGCGAGCUCUGCGCUCAGCUGACACCACUCAAACUGGAGCGCAACAACACACAGACAGCAGACGCGUCCAUGGAGCGCCGCCUUGAGGAAAUGGAGCGGCGUCUGAAGGAGCAUGUGGACCGCCGCCUGGACGCUCUGGAGCACAAGCUGGACAGAGUGCUCCUCGGCGCCCUCCAGCAGGGGGAGCCCGCGGCCCCCAUGCCCGACAACCCACCCGCGGCUCAGGUCCAGACAACAAUGCAGACAACAAAAAAAGGCAAUAAAACCCCACCAAGAUUCUGUUAAAAAUAA